AUGGCGGGCCUGGCCGGAGGGGAUGUCAGCGCGGUAGCAUGGGACCUGCACAAGGAACGCAUGGCGGUCGGGACGGAGGACGGGUCCGUCCAGGUGUGCGCGCGGGAGACGGCCGCGUGGGCGUCCUCCACCGACGGCAAGCUGCACCGCAGGGAGGUUGCGACUGAAGGAUCGGCCUGGCAGCCUCUCUGCGACAGCUGGCGCGCACACGGAGGGUGCGUGCGUCAACUGUGCUGGGCCGAGCCCUCGGCCGGCCCGCUGCUGGCGUCGUGCGGAGAGGACGGUGCUGUCUGCAUUUGGGAGCAGGAGGCGCCGUCGCGCGAUGGCCAGGACGGUGCGCGGUUCAAGGAGGUGGCCAAGUUCACCCCCACGACCGACCCAAUCGUCGACGUCAAGUGGGCGCCGGCAGCGCCCGGGAGGGACCUCGCGCUCGCGGCAGGCUCCGAUGGCGGGUACGUGUACGUGUUCGAGGGCUGCUCGGCUGCCUCCGACGAGGGGGGGAAGGGCGCGGGCUGGUGGCCGCGGCGGUGGUCGCUUGCGCACCUGUUCAGUCCCGGGGGAGGGUUGGGCGGCGCUCGGGGACACGCAGUGACGAGCUUGAGCUGGCGGCCCGCGACGGACGACGUGGAGCCGAUGCUGGCGGUGGGGACGACCGCGGGCGCGCAGGUGUGGGUCCACCACGUCAGCGCGCUCAAGUGGGCGCGGUCCACCUCGCUCGCCCUCCCGCCGGGCCCCGUCACCGCGCUGUCGUGGGCCGCGCCCCUGGCCCGCCGGAGCGAGCUCCUCGCCGUGGCCGUCACGACGCCCCCCGGCGCCGCGGUCGCGGUGGUCGGCCUCGAGGGGGAGUCUGGGGAGCUGCGCGCGACCGAGUUGCAGCGCAUGGAGCACGACGCGGCGGUGGACGGGCUCGAGUGGGACGCGCUGGGGCUCGACUUCGUGGCGUGUUUGUCCGGCGGGCGCGGGCUGGUCCUGUGGGAGCACGACAUGGGCGGGCGCUGGCGGCGCAAGGAGCGCACCGUGGACGCGGCGCUGCUGGACGAGAUGCACCGGGCGCAGGAGGCGGCGAUGGUGGAGUGA